ACUGUCCAUGAUUUUAAAGGGUGCCUCAAGAGUGUCCAUAAUUGUAAAGGGUGCCUCAGGACUGUCCAUAAUUGUAAAGGGUGCCUCGAGACUGUCCAUAAUUGUAAAGGGUGCCUCAGGACUGUCCAUAAUUUUAAAGGGUGCCUCGGGACUGUCCAUAAUUGUAAAGGGUGCCUCGGGACUGUCCAUGAUUUUAAAGGGUGCCUCAAGAGUGUCCAUAAUUGUAAAGGGUGCCUCGGGACUGUCCAUAAUUGUAAAGGGUGCCUCAGGACAGUCCAUAAUUUUAAAGGGUGCCUCGGGACUGUCCAUAAUUUUAAAGGGUGCCUCGGGACUGUCCAUAAUUUUAAAGGGUGCCUCGGGACUGUCCAUAAUUUUAAAGGGUGCCUCGGGACUGUCCAUAAUUGUAAAGGGUGCCUCGGGACUGUCCAUGAUUUUAAAGGGUGCCUCAAGAGUAUCCAUAAUUUUAAAGGGUGCCUUGACUGAAAAAAGGUUGAGAAACACUGCUUCCAUGAAUGAAACAUGAUCUAUUAAUGGAGGAAGAGUGGAUGAAUGACUUUCCUGUCUCCUCCAUUCAUAAAUCAUAUU